AUGAACAACCUAAUUAGUAAAUUCAAUAAAAUUAUUUAUUUGAAUGCAACCAAACAAACAAAUAAAAUUAAUUGUAGUUUUUAUUCAACAACAAUAAAUAACAAUAACAAUAAUAAUAAUAAUAAUAAUAAUAACAAUAUUUCAAAUAAAAAAGCUGAAAUGAGUAAGGAAAAUCAACAACUUUUACAAGAUUUAGAAGAAGAAUUUGACGAAGAUGAAUUUAAACCAUAUGUUAAUCCAAUAACAAAAGAAAUUGGUGGACCAAAAGGCCCAGAACCAACCAGAUAUAAUGAUUGGGAAAGAAAUGGAAGGGUAUCUGACUUUUAA